UGAAACACAUGUAAUAAGUGAAAUUGCAUGACCUACGCAGGCUUGUCCCAAUGUAUCAUGCCAACACGCGAGAUUGCCUAUCAGCUGAUAGUUACUCGCCAACCGUAGAAUUCAUUAACGAUAACACGCAGGACACACAAUAUCCCAUCCAAGUCAAAUUUAGUCUUUACAGAGAUCAAACAGAUUUACAGUGAAUAGUUUAAAAUGGCGUCGGAAAUAAGGAGCUUGAAACGAGCACUAAGGUCCAUUAUAUGGCUCAAUUGUUUAUUUUGCAUGGGAAUAUUUGAAAUACCCACGAAUCAUCCACGAUAUUUUUUAAGUAUUCUCUACGUCAUCUCAAUGUUUUCCGGAUAUUUCUAUAUGUUUUAUGCAGAAUUAGAUUUAUUCCAGAAUAUGCGCGAUUAUGAAUAUUUUAUAUUUUGCGCUGUUUUGGGAGUGAAUGUUUUAGUUGCUAUUUUUGCCGUAAUAUUAUUCUGGCUAAAAUCAGAGAAUAUGAAUAACAUAAUUAAGAAGAAUAGUUUAGCAGACAGUACUUUAGAAGCAUUGGGCAUAAAAAGAGAGUACGAGAAGACUUCUCGCAAUGUUAACUGGAUUAUAGGUUUUUGGUUAACAAUCAUGGUAAUAUUAAGCAUCAUGCAUAUGUUGUGGACGUAUACCGAAGGAUAUUGGUUUGCUAUUUAUAGCGAUAUAUGUUUCUUUUUUCCGAUUGUGAUAAAUUCUGUAGUGGAUAUCACAUUCGCUUCAUUUAUCAGGUGUAUUAAAUUAAAAUUUAAAAACACAAAUAUUCUACUCAACAAUGUUGUACUUCGUGCAAGCGAAUCAAAUGUCUUCAAGAUUCAUAAUCAGCACGAGAACACGUCUAUUGCAAUUGUCAGGGCACACUAUAAAAAUCACAAAGAUAAGAUAAUACAUCUUAUGCAAACAUUAAGACAUUUACAUUUGGAAAUCACACGAAUAGGAAAAGAAAUUAAUAAUACUUAUUGUAUACAACUUCUGCUCGAACUGGCAGUACAUUUUACAAUAGUAACGUCGACUACUUAUUGCUUAUAUGGUGUAUUUUUUGGCCAGUUACGCACGAUAGUCAACGAUGAAAAGAUUGUUGCAAUGGUAGUUUUUGGAACUGUUUAUUCACUCAAAAUUAUAUUAGUAAAUUGGCUUUGCACGAGCGUAUCCGAAGAG